AACUAAAAAACAUAAAUAUAAAAUCGUAAAUUACCAAAAAGUUUUGAAAAGUAAAAACAAAAAAAUCGUUAAUUUAAGUAAAACAAUCGAAAAAAAUAAUGAAACUUUAGAUUUUAUUGAACAAUUUGAAAAAUUAAAUGAAAAACAAUUAAACCUUUUUAAAAUGCAGACUAAUCAUAUCAAAAAACGUAAAUGGACAGACAAGGAAAAACAAUUUGCUUUACAGUUGUUUUAUACAUCUCCUAAAGCUUAUUGUUUUUUACGUAAAUAAUAGAAUUUUGCUCUCCCUUGCGUAACAAAUAUUAGGAAAUGGGUUAAUGAAAUAGAUUUAGCUACGGGAAAAUCUGAAAAUUUAUCUAAAUUGUUAAAAGCUGACGCGAUGUCUUCAAAAGAACGCGAAUGUGAUUUAAUGUGGGAUGAGAUGAGCAUCAAAAAACGCUUAGAUUACAAUUCUAAAAAAGUUUAUGUUGAGGGAUUUACAUAUUUAGCUGAACACGGCCGAAGCGUGCAGGCGGGUAAUCAUGUUUUAGUUUUCAUGUUUUCAUGCAGUAUAAUUGGAGACAACCUGUCGCUUACUAUGUUUCACAUAACGCCGUUUGUGGUACUCAACUCAGUAAAAUUAUUUUGGAUAUUUUAGAUUAUGUAGAAGAAACCGGUUUUAAAGUAAAAUCCAUGGUUUGCGAUGGGGGUUCUCCAAAUCGAACUGCAGAUAAUACUUUAAAAAUUAAGAAAGAUAAACCUUACAUUGAGCGAUAUGAACGUAAAAUUUUCUUUAACUACGAUGCUCCUCACCUACUUAAAUGCCUCCGUAAUAAUUUUAGGCUUCAUCAAAUGACCAUUGCGAGUAACAAAGUAUCUUGGGACGUUUUAAAAGAAUUGUACGCUAAAGAAGAAAAUUGAAUUUCUAAAUCGGCACCUAAAUUAACUAUGAAACAUCUCGAACGUAGUGCUUUGAAGUAAUGAAUGUUAGCUUAGCGGCUCAAAUUUUCACUAACAUAGUUUCAUCUGCUAUAUUAACUGCUUCUUUUGUAACUAGGGACAAAUUAAAUAAUCCACACAGUAUAGCCACGGGUGAUUUUAUUAAAAAAGUUAAUGAUCUUUUCAAUUGCUUAAACAAUAGAAGCCCUAAAGACAAAAAUCCUUUGCGCCGACCUUUAUCCGAUCACAAUCCACAGGUUGUAGAUUAUUUAAAAAAUAGUUUAGAGUGGAUCAAAAGUACUUUAAUAUUGAUGGGACAUGCAAAUCGCAUUGACAACGUAUAGUAGCUUUUUUUGUGAGAGUGCACAUUUUUUAUGAAUUAAAAUGGAUUAAUUGGCGUGCACGUGAUGCAAAAUGUCAAAAACGUGCUGUUGCUGGUGAGAAACCGAAUGCCAAAUUACAGAAAUUAAGCCAUCGAUAAGCACAGUUCGAGUAUAUAAAAAUAAAUUUUUCAAUCAAAUUCUACAGUCAUUUUUAGCAACAAAUUUUAUGUCUCGAAGAUAAUCAAAGUGCUUAUUUGCUUAUUGUGUCGUCUCAGCCAAUUAUUACUUUAUACUUUAUAUUUUAUUUUAUUCACCGAGGAAUUCUUAUAAAUUGUCGAUAAACGGUAGUAAUUUUUUAAAUAGAAUAAGCACUGGUUUUUAUUUAAAAUUAUUUUUGUUUACAACUUUUAAUCACUCAUCAAUAUAAAAUCAUUUGUAUUUAAUUGCAUGCACAUAAUAAAUAUUUUAACUCAUUAAUUAAAUAAUAGUAUGUUUUGAUUUUUCAUAUUCUUUUCUUUUCUUUAAUUAAUUAAAUAUUUGUAAAUACCUUCAUUAACAGCAGUUGCAUGAGUGUUGAUCGAUAGUUGCAUGAAAUGUAAAUAAUUUAUGCGUAUCAUCAUCGCUAUUCUUACACCUAUGCUUUCCUUUUAUCCUAACCUGUUCCUAAUGGAAGAAAACUUAGCCACCUUCCUGAUUUGUUUCCAUCGAAUAAUAUUAGUUUGAUUGUUUUUAAUUACAUAAACAAACUAAUAUUAACUAAGAACAAGUAUCCCGAUUUAUUAUUUUUACGCACAUUGUAGCGAAAAUUAAAUUCUAAGUAUUACGUAAAAAUUAAAGUAUCACGAUUUUUAUAGUGCGUCAUAUAUAAUAUUUAUUUAUUAUUUACAUCUAAGCUGCUAUUAUUUAAUUUUAUAACAUUCAUAUAGCAAGGACAUUGAUAUUCGGCUGAGUUGACCGCAAGCUUAAAAUUUGAAUGGCGCCGUGAAAGUUAGAGAGACAGCACGAUAGAAAUUGAUGGCUGUCGCCAUCUCGCGGAGCGUACCGAACUACCGCUUUCUGCCCCCUCGCCGCUAUACGAACCGUUCUUCUAUAGGAAGUCUAUAUUCGUUGUCAUUACGUACCUACAAUACGUAUAUAAGCCACGCGGGAUCGAAAGACUGGAAGAGAAAAGAGUUUAGUUUAUCUUUGUUGUUCGUCACUGAAAAUUGUUGAAAGAUGGGCAAGAACAAGGGGAACAAGGCCGGAGGAGCGAAGAACGUGUUUAAGGUCGCGGGCGCCCGCAGCCAGCGAGCCAAGACCAAGGCGAAGAAGGUCAAGACGACGCUGAAAAAACUGGACCUGGGUCAGGGCAGCAAGUUGAACAAGGAGAAGACGAAUCAGAUAAACAAACAGUUGGUGGAACUCAGCAAAGAAGUGCAUCAGCCCAAGACCAAGCCCAAGAACAAGACGGCACAGCCUGUUGGCAAAACAGUACAACCGAUCAGUGGACAGGUCAAAGAACAGGCCACCAGUCUUAUACAGAAUAUGCAGAUUUGACAGUGACGAACUAGAUAAAUAAUUUUGACUCAUUGUUAUCAUUCUUCUUCCUCAUUUGUGUAUAAGACUGUUACUCUGUUGAAUAAAUGUAAAUAUUUUGUAAGAAUCUUGCCGAGUUGGUUUUUAUUUUGAUUCGACCUUGUAGAGAGGCCUAGUGUAGUGAGAGAUGACAGACAAGUACAAGGCCGCGUUGAUAGUCAUCGGUGACGAGGUUCUCAGAGGACAAGUACAGGAUGCGAACACGAUCUACCUGGCCAAGAGCUUGCAAAAGGUCGGCAUUCAGAUACGCAGAGUCGUCGUCAUUCCCGAUGAGGUCGACGUUAUCGCAAAGGAGGUGUCGGAAAUCUCCAAGAACUUUCCAGUGGUCUUCACGUCCGGUGGCGUUGGUCCGACCCAUGACGACGUCACCUACGAAGGAGUUGCCAAAGGUUUGGGUCUGACCUUGAAAGAAAAUAAGACAGUGCUGGAGCUUUUGAAAAAGGCUUUCCCUGAUCAACCGGAGGCCAAACGUAUGGCGGUGGUACCAUGUCCUUGUGAGAUCGUUUCUGUCAAACGUCAGGGGUCAGAUGGCGAGUACUCGGUGAUAAAAGCCAACAACGUCUACAUCCUGCCGGGUUCACCGCGUUACUUCCGCGCAGGAGUGGACGCAAUCGUUCCUGGCCUGGAAACCGGUCGCCGAUUGCACUGCGAGCACGUGGACGUUUGGCUGGACGAGUUCGAGAUCGUCGCUGUUCUGGAGGAACAGGCGCUCCGCUGGCGCGGCGUCGUCUCCAUCGGCAGCUAUCCCCAGGUUCAAAAGCGAAAGACCAGGAUCACUCUCGAGGCUGAGAACAAGGAGGCUUUGGUCAAGGUCAAGAAGGAAAUUCUACAGAUGUUGCCGAUUGGGUUCGACAGGGCCAAGGCCGAGGAGGUGUACAGGAGUAGAGAGGAAUUCGAGCAUGUGAGGAAGGCUUUCGACGUGCUCGAGGAAUGCUAUAGCAGGUAUAAGGCAGAAGAAGUCUUUCUGAGUUUCAACGGGGGCAAAGACUGCACCGUAGUGCUGCACUUGGCGGCGGCGUUUGUUCAGAUGCGAAACCUCAAGGCUCCAGUGUGCCUCUACGUCACCGGCGAUGCUUUUCCAGAGGUAGAGGAGUUUGUAAGCGAGGCUGCGAGCUACUACGGCUUCGAGACGCUGCACAAGGACGGUUCGAUCAGAGAGGCCCUGGUCAAGAUUCUGAAAGACAGACCAGAAUUAAAAGCCUGUCUUUUGGGCACCAGAAAAGGCGACCCCGGAGCUCACUUGCUCGAGCCGUUCACACACACGGAUCCCGGCUGGCCCGAGAUCAUGAGGGUUAGUCCUAUUAUUGAGUGGUCUUACAACCAGGUCUGGCAGUUCCUUCUACGCCACGAAGUACCGUACUGCUCGCUUUACGACGAGGGAUACACUAGUCUCGGUGCUCGUGCUACUACACUAAAAAAUCCACUUCUGCGUGAUCCCAACGACUCCAGUCGUUAUCUACCAGCGCAUAGCCUCGCCGACGACUCCACCGAGCGCCAAGGACGCGGAUAAUACUCGCCGACAGGACACGUCUAAAUCGCUUUUAGUUCAAAUUCUCGUCGUUUGUUUUUCUUUCUUGAUCGUCGUUUAACGAGAUUUUUUUCUAUACUCAGAAAGAAUAAUGAAGACUUUUAAAUUAAUUCGAGUUACUAGAUACUUUAUAAAUAGUGGAGGAGCGGCGAUACACUGUCUCAAGAUUUUUGCAGAAUAGUGCUCCGUGAUUCGAAAAGGUUAAGAGGCUUCAAAUCAGUAAUGCUAUGUAAUAGGCGAAUUGUUACCGGACAACUUUGACGAGCAGACGUGAAAGUAGUACUAAUCUAUCGAGAUCAUUUUAAGGGUUUAAAUUAUUUUUAUAAAAAUUGUAAAUAGUCAUUUAAAGAAGAUAGGGGUGCACAGUUUUGUGAAAACUUAAUUUUUUCGAAAUUAAUUUAAUUAUAAUUUGUUGAGGUCUGAUAAAUGUUAUUCCUUGUUAGUUAUUAAGUACGUACUAUCGCAGCUAUAUGUCACUUGAAUAGUGCUUAAUUUAAAGUGUAGAUCUACGAAACAUGCGUGAGAUGCACAGACUUUUGUUAUUUACAAAAUGAAUGUUGAGAUAAUAAAGCAACGACGGAUAUAUCCUCGUAUGCUUAGCCUCGUUUGAAUUACUUGCUACAGCAAUGAUGUUAGCGAGUCAUUGAUACAGUAUUACUUUCACGGCUAUUAAGUCCCGUAGUUUUAGUUUUGUAAGGCUUAUUUAUUACGUAAAGGUUUAUGUUUGCUCUGCCUCUGGAGAAUCUCUAAUCUGUAUAUUCGCACCGGCGCUAUAGCCUGUUACGUUUUAUUUCGAUUUAUACUCACCAGUUACGUCGACACCUACUGCGCUGUCUCUAUUCGAAGAGACCAGAUUGUAGAAAGUUCUUGAUUUUUGCGUUUUAUGUUAUCGAGUUUCCCACAGGAAGUCUCGCCUUACAAUUCGGACAUCGAAUUUUCAUCAUGUGAUGAAUAUUUCAUUUUUACGAAUCGAAUAAGACAAUAAUUUACAUUGAAAUCGGACAGUUUCACGCUGAAAUCUUGAAGCUCGUUACUUAUGAAUAUUGUACUCUAAAUCUAUAAAGGUGUCGUAAAAAUUCUAAUUGUGUUUUUGUACUUGAAAGGCUUGUCUGUGGGCCAAAAGCAUCGACGAAGGAAGCUUUCCAGAAACCGAUUCGUCCGUAAACACAGACUAACAAGCUCACAAGUUUCUAGAAUCAAGCGAGGUGAGCGCACGCGUCCGCAUCUAGCGUAAUAAAAGUUCACGCGAUGAUUUCCUUUCCUUCGUUGCAGGGGUUGUCUUAACUUAGUUAGUUGUAAUAAAAUGAACUCUAAUCGAGUUUGAACGCACAUUAUAUUUUUGAUACUUGAAGCACAACAUAUGUCACAAGCGUGCUCUAUAUGAUAAACAAAGCAUCGAGUUCAAUAAAAAGAAAAGUGCACACGAAA